AAUUUCUCUGUGGGGCUGCAGCUGGAGACCGCGGAGCGUUGGAAAUGACGCUCGGAGCUUUAAUUACCGCAGCCGCCGGACAAGUGUGAGGAAAGCUGACAGGAAAAAGAAGGACAGGAUCGGGGGAGAAGCGAGAAGCUUCCCCCCCACCGCCCUCCCAUUCCCUCCCAAUUUGGACUGGAGGUGCAAGGAAACUGAAAAGGGAGCCGAACAUAGCCCGGCAGGGGGGAGAGGCCGGAAACCUACCGCCUCUUUGCAAUCAACUUUUUUUGGAAACCUUUUUCCCCCUUCCUUUUUAUUGUUGACCAACCAGUGAGAGAAAGUGAGGAGGGAGCGAGAAAGCAAAGGCUCACACAGGAAAAUAGCUGCACAGUCCGGCCCGGAGCACCAGGCGCACACACUCGAGCACACUCCCACACGCGCACACCCGCGCGCACACUCACCCCCUCCUCCGGUCCCCGGCCCUGGACCCGCGGGCGCUGACUCGGUCGCCCCUGCUUGGAGCGGGUGCACCGCGCAAGUCGCGCGCCUGUUCCCCUCGCGCCCCCAAGCGCGCCUGGCUGAGGGAUCUCCUCCGCGUGCCCGAAAGGGGAUAUGCCAUUUGGACAUGUAAUUGUCAGCACGGGAUCUGAGACUUCCAAAAAAUGAAGCUGGCGACAGGACUGUGGGUCUGGGUGAGCCUUCUCCUGGCAGCGGGGACCGUCCAGCCCAACGCUUCUCAGUCAGUGUGUGCAGGAACAGAGAACAAGCUGAGCUCUCUCUCUGACCUGGAGCAGCAGUAUCGAGCCUUGCGCAAAUACUAUGAGAAUUGUGAGGUGGUCAUGGGCAACCUGGAGAUAACCAGCAUUGAGCACAACCGGGACCUCUCCUUUCUGCGGUCUAUUCGAGAAGUCACAGGCUAUGUGUUAGUGGCUCUUAAUCAGUUUCGUUACCUGCCUCUGGAGAACUUGCGCAUUAUCCGUGGGACAAAACUUUAUGAGGAUCGAUAUGCCUUGGCAGUAUUUUUAAACUAUAGAAAAGAUGGGAACUUUGGACUUCAAGAACUUGGACUGAAGAACUUGACAGAAAUCCUUAAUGGUGGAGUGUAUGUAGACCAGAACAAAUUUCUUUGUUACACAGACACAAUUCAUUGGCAAGAUAUUGUUCGGAAUCCAUGGCCUUCCAACCUGACUCUGGUGUCAACAAAUGGUAGCUCAGGAUGUGGACGUUGUCAUAAGUCCUGUACUGGCCGAUGCUGGGGACCCACAGAAAACCAUUGCCAGACCUUGACAAGGACAGUAUGUGCAGAACAGUGUGAUGGCCGGUGCUAUGGGCCCUAUGUCAGUGACUGCUGUCAUAGAGAAUGUGCUGGGGGCUGCUCAGGACCCAAGGACACAGACUGCUUUGCCUGCAUGAAUUUCAAUGACAGUGGAGCAUGUGUUACUCAGUGUCCCCAAACUUUUGUCUACAAUCCUACCACCUUUCAACUGGAGCAUAACUUCAAUGCAAAGUAUACAUAUGGAGCAUUUUGUGUCAAGAAAUGCCCCCAUAACUUUGUGGUGGAUUCCAGUUCUUGCGUACGUGCCUGCCCUAGUUCCAAGAUGGAAGUAGAAGAAAAUGGGAUUAAAAUGUGUAAACCUUGCACGGAUAUUUGCCCAAAAGCUUGUGAUGGCAUUGGCACAGGAUCACUGAUGUCAGCUCAGACCGUGGAUUCUAGUAACAUUGACAAAUUCGUAAACUGCACCAAAAUCAAUGGGAAUUUGAUCUUCCUUGUCACUGGUAUUCAUGGAGACCCUUACAAUGCAAUUGAAGCCAUAGACCCAGAGAAACUGAAUGUCUUCCGGACAGUUCGAGAGAUAACAGGUUUCUUGAACAUACAGUCAUGGCCCCCCAACAUGACCGACUUCAGUGUUUUUUCUAACCUGGUGACUAUCGGUGGAAGAGUACUCUAUAGUGGCCUCUCCUUGCUUAUCCUUAAGCAACAGGGUAUCACCUCUCUACAAUUCCAAUCUCUGAAGGAAAUCAGUGCAGGAAACAUCUAUAUUACUGACAACAGCAACCUGUGUUAUUAUCACACCAUUAACUGGACAACACUCUUCAGCACUAUCAACCAAAGGAUAGUAAUCCGGGACAAUAGGAAAGCUGAGAACUGUACUGCUGAAGGAAUGGUGUGCAACCAUCUGUGUUCAGGCGAUGGCUGUUGGGGACCUGGCCCCGACCAGUGCCUGUCCUGUCGUCGUUUCAGCAGAGGAAGGAGCUGUAUUGAGUCUUGUAACCUCUAUGAUGGGGAAUUUCGAGAGUUUGAGAAUGGCUCCAUCUGUGUGGAGUGUGACCCCCAGUGUGAGAAGAUGGAAGACGGCCUCCUCACCUGCCAUGGACCGGGACCUGACAACUGCACAAAGUGCUCCCAUUUUAAGGAUGGCCCAAACUGUGUGGAAAAAUGUCCAGAUGGUUUACAGGGGACAAACAGUUUCAUUUUCAAGUAUGCUGAUCAGGAUCGGGAGUGUCACCCAUGUCAUCCAAACUGCACCCAAGGGUGUAGCGGUCCCACUAGUCAUGACUGCAUUUAUUAUCCUUGGACGGGCCAUUCCACUUUACCACAACAUGCUAGAACUCCUUUGAUUGCAGCGGGAGUCAUCGGCGGGCUCUUCAUCCUGGUCAUCGUGGGCCUAACAUUUGCAGUUUAUGUUAGAAGGAAGAGCAUCAAAAAGAAAAGAGCCUUAAGAAGAUUUCUGGAAACAGAGUUGGUAGAACCUUUAACUCCCAGUGGUACUGCACCCAAUCAAGCUCAACUUCGUAUUUUGAAAGAAACUGAGCUCAAAAGAGUGAAAGUACUUGGCUCAGGUGCUUUUGGAACAGUUUAUAAGGGUAUUUGGGUACCUGAAGGAGAAACAGUAAAGAUUCCUGUGGCUAUUAAGAUUCUUAAUGAAACAACUGGUCCCAAAGCCAAUGUGGAGUUCAUGGAUGAAGCUUUGAUCAUGGCAAGUAUGGACCAUCCACACUUAGUCCGGUUAUUGGGUGUGUGUCUGAGCCCAACCAUUCAGCUGGUUACACAGCUUAUGCCCCAUGGCUGCCUGUUGGACUAUGUCCAUGAACACAAGGAUAACAUUGGAUCCCAGCUGCUGCUUAACUGGUGUGUCCAGAUAGCUAAGGGAAUGAUGUACUUGGAAGAAAGACGGCUUGUUCAUCGGGAUUUGGCAGCCCGAAAUGUCUUAGUGAAAUCUCCAAACCAUGUGAAAAUCACAGAUUUUGGACUAGCCAGACUCUUAGAAGGAGAUGAAAAAGAAUAUAAUGCUGAUGGAGGAAAGAUGCCAAUUAAAUGGAUGGCUCUGGAGUGUAUACACUACAGAAAAUUUACCCAUCAGAGUGAUGUUUGGAGCUACGGAGUCACUAUAUGGGAACUGAUGACCUUUGGAGGAAAACCGUAUGAUGGAAUUCCAACCCGAGAAAUCCCAGAUUUAUUAGAGAAAGGAGAACGUUUGCCCCAGCCUCCGAUCUGCACUAUUGACGUUUACAUGGUCAUGGUCAAAUGUUGGAUGAUAGAUGCUGACAGUAGACCUAAAUUUAAGGAACUGGCUGCUGAAUUUUCGAGGAUGGCUCGAGACCCUCAAAGAUACCUAGUUAUUCAGGGUGAUGAUCGCAUGAAGCUUCCCAGUCCAAACGACAGCAAGUUCUUUCAGAAUCUCUUGGAUGAAGAGGAUUUGGAAGACAUGAUGGAUGCUGAGGAGUACCUGGUCCCUCAGGCUUUCAACAUCCCACCUCCCAUCUACACUUCCAGAGCAAGAAUUGACUCAAAUAGGAGUGAAAUUGGACACAGCCCUCCUCCUGCCUACACCCCCAUGUCAGGAAACCAGUUUGUAUACCGAGAUGGGGGGUUUGCUGCUGAGCAAGGAGUGCCUGUGCCCUACAGAGCCACAACCAGCACCAUCCCAGAAGCACCACUUGCUCAGGGGGCUACAGCCGAGAUUUUUGAUGACUCCUGUUGUAACGGCACCCUACGCAAGCCAGUGGCACCCCACGUCCAGGAAGAUAGCAGCACCCAGAGGUACAGCGCUGAUCCCACAGUGUUUGCCCCUGAACGGAGCCCACGAGGAGAGCUGGAUGAAGAGGGUUACAUGACCCCUAUGCGAGAUAAACCUAAACAAGAAUACCUGAACCCUGUGGAGGAGAACCCUUUUGUUUCUCGGAGGAAAAACGGAGACCUUCAAGCUUUGGAUAAUCCCGAAUAUCACAACGCUUCCAAUGGUCCACACAAGGCAGAGGAUGAGUAUGUGAAUGAGCCACUGUACCUCAACACCUUUGCCAACACAUUGGGGAAUGCCGAGUACCUGAAAAACAAUGUACUGUCUGUGCCAGAGAAGGCCAAGAAAGCAUUCGACAACCCUGACUACUGGAACCACAGCCUGCCACCUCGCAGCACCCUUCAGCACCCAGACUACCUGCAAGAGUACAGCACAAAAUAUUUUUAUAAACAAAAUGGACGGAUCCGGCCUAUUGUGGCAGAGAAUCCUGAAUACCUCUCUGAGUUCUCGCUGAAGCCAGGCACUGUGCUGCCUCCUCCGCCCUACAGACACCGAAAUACUGUGGUGUAAGCUCAGCAGUGGCUUUAAGAUAGAGACACACCCGCUCCAAUUUCCCUGCCGCCUCUCUUUCUCUUACAGUCUUCCUCCUAUUCCCAAGGCCAGUAGUUUUGACACUUCCCGGUGGAAGAUAUAGAGAUGCAAUGAUAGUCAUGUGCUUAUCUAACUUGAACAUUAGAAGGAAGAACUGAAAGAGAAAGACAGGAGGAACCACACUGUUUCUUCAUUUCUCUGCAUGGGUUGGUCAGGAGAUUGAAACAGCUAGAGAAGGACCAGCAAAUAUAAGGCAACACUGCCUGCUAUCAAGCUAGUUCUCAAUGUUUUCUCUUUUUCUUUCAAUUUUUUUUUUUUUUUUUUUUAAAGCAGAUGCCUGAAAGACCCGUGCUAUCUGUUCCUACCUGUAGGAACUGAUCUCUAUAUUUUCAGUACCCUUGGAAAUCGUAAUAAAUUUUCCAUUAGAACAAAAGGAUAACCUUUUCUAGAACAUAUGAAAGUAACAGAUUGAAAAUCCAGGUUCUUUUCCCAACAGUUUCUAUCCUGAUAAGCAAGAAUGGACAACUCCGCUUUCAUAAUUUCUUAAUCUUUCUCAAAGUUAUAACAAGUAAUUAUGUUUGGAGGGAUAUUUUUGGUCUUUUUGAUUCAUUUUGUUUUGCUUUGGUCUGUCCCUUUAUAUUACUUUUACCCCCAUAUAUUUUUACUUUAAUAUCUGAUUGGAAAUAUUUUUACAUCAAAGUUUCUUAUGUGUUGUUAUAAAUUGACAGAACUGUAAAAAAAUAUUUUAAUAUGGUGCAGUGACCGUUAUUUUAAAUAUAUAGCCUUCAAAUUUAGAAGGGGAGGCCAAGACACUAGUCAAGUGUAACAUCAAAUCUAACUGUCAUGUUUUACACUAUUGAAUCUGUAUCCCCACUUCCUUUACAUUCUUCAACAUUUUCUUCUCCAUAAAUGACAGUAACAUAGGCAGUUGAUAAUGUAAAGAGUAAAAGGGAAACUAAGAGACAGUUCUGUGUGGUUCAUGAAAACUACUGACACUUUCAGGGGUGGUCCAAUGGGGAAUCCAUUGAACUGGAAGAGACACUGGAUUGGGUAUGUCUACCUGGCAGAUACUCAGAAACGUAGUUUGCACUUAAGCUAUAAUUUUAUUUGUUCUCUUUCUGAACUCCAUUUUGGAUUUUGAAUGAAGCAAUAUGGAAGCAACCAGCAAAAUAACUAAUUUAAGUACAUUUUUUUAAAAAGAGCUAAGAUAAGGAAAGACUGUGGAAAUGCCAAACCAAGCAAAUUAGGACUUUGGAACAGUAUCCAGAGAUUAUGGUGAGAGGGCCAGCACAUUAUCUACAAAUGAUAUCACAUUUGCUACACAAGGAAAGCUAUCCAGUUUGUAUACUCCACGUGAAGGAAUGUAAGUAAAGAUUGGCUUGAUUCUAUGGAAUUUCUAGUAUGAGACUCUAUUUAUAUUAAGUAGAAGGUAACUCUUUGCACAUAAAUUGGUAUAAUAAAAAAUACACAAACGUUCACAGUUUAUAGGUAGAUUCUUGGGUCAGAAGUUGUAAAUAAACGUGAAAAAAUUCUCAUGUAAUUAUUUUAAUAUCCAACAUACUAAUCUUUUGAUACUUUGUAUAAUAAUACUUUCUUCAAAUAUAUCAUCCUAGUUCUAGAACCAUCUUUUUAUGUAUCAUUUUAAAAGAAUACCUACUAAGAUGAGCAAUGGGAACAAAUGUUAGGAAUGAGUCUCCUGGAACAAGAAAAUCAGGUAGUCUCUCUUUUCUAAGAAAAUCUGCUUGGACAGUCAUAUGAAUUAAUUUUUUUUUAAAUGUUAAAAUUUUGGCAUCAAAUUCAAGUCUACUGCCAAAAAAAAAAAAAAAUCAAUGAGACUAAAAAUCUUUGUUGGUAAAGCAGAGAGUUUACAGAAAGGGAAAAAAAUGCAAAGAGAUCUAGGUUUCUUCCAGUUUUGAAAAAAUAAGUCAAUCCAUCCAUUCAGCUCCCUUAUUUUUUCAACUGAUAUUUAUUUAGAGUCUACUAAAAGCACUGUGUAAGUGGGGAAUAUCAACAUAAAUGCAAUAUUAUCACUAACUUAAUGAUUUGAAGUCAAUUUAUUUAGAAUAACAUUUGAAUUUCCCCCAUAAAUUCAAGGAAUAAGAUUUUAUGGACUACUUUGUGAGCAGUCAUCAUAAAAUCCAUUGUUUAUUAGAUCUCCUAUGAACUCAUUUGGAACAUGAAUUAAACAACCUACAAUUU